AAAUAUUCAUGGUCAUUUCAGGGUCAUUUGGUUCCAUCAUGAAGGUUUCCUGGUUCUUGAUAUCUACUUAUCGUUAUUCGUAUUUAUAUUAAGCUGACACAAAAAUUCAUAUAAGCUCUGUUAACUUAUAUUUUUGGCGUCGCCUUUUUCAUAUUUAUUGCAGUUACCAUACAUAAUUAGAUUAACCUAUGCCUAUAGGCAUAGUUUAUCUAUUUUAAUUUACCUAUAGCUAAAUUAAAUUUGCUUCUAAAACAUUCAGAAUCAAAAAAUUAGCUUCACAUCUUUAACAAUAAUUUUAAAAUAGGUUCAGAAGGUAGUUUUGUCACUUUUGGUUUGUAGUUAGGGUUUUCAUUACGAACUGAUAUCAAAUACAGUAGAAGACACAUUAAGCGUCUAAGGCAAUACGUACGUGGUUCAUUUUCUUAUCUGGACAAUAGCGAUGGGGUUCAUCUACAACCAGCUGACGAACAUCUAGUGAGGUGUGACACGUUCCUUGGUCCCACCCUGCCAUUGUCCAACCGUGCUAUAGUCUUACCAUGGAACAGAUGACACAUUUAACGACAGUUCUUCGGGCCAAGCCCAAAGCGUAGUUUUGUACACAUUACUCGAGUUCUAUAUUAGUUGGUUUUUGAUAGGAAGAUGGUUAGAAUAGUCUGUUAAUCAUGCGUAAUGAAGCUUGUUUAACAGGUUUAAUCUUCAUCAGUGUAAGGUUUGUAGAAACAUUUUUCUGUUCAAGAUUUAAGACCCCACCGCUAAACGAACUCAUGACCUCCAGGUAUUGUGGUGAGCACUUAACCUCUAUCUAUGUUUAACUCCAUUCGAUUCGUUAUGUAGCACAACUACUCAAUCUUUAGUGGUCAAAUGCCUCACACCAGACAUUUUAAUUCCAUUAGUCUUAACUUCUAACCAGGACUCCAUGAUUUGCCUUUUAAAAUAAAUCGCUAGUAGGGGCAUAAUAAUUACCAGUAAUUGGUUUUGCGAAAGUUCUUGAAUUUUAUCGAGAUCACUUUAUUUCCAACACGAUAUUAGUCGGGAAUUUAUACUAUUCUUUUUUUAACUGAUGAUAAUUAAUUUCCCAUGAACGUCCGUGCAGACUUUAUCUCGGUUUAGUUGCAAAAUUCUUUGGCUGGAUGCUAAUGACUGACUUAAACCUCGAUAUUCAACUUGAAUACCAUAUAAUUAUCAACGGUCAUGCUAAUUUACAAUGGUUAAAUAAAUCUUUGAAGUUGAGAGCAUAAAUGUGACAACAACCCACUUUCAUAAAUCAUCAGUUAUCUGCCUGUAUUUGAUGAAAAUUCCUCCAGACUUCAUAUUCGUAAUCGGAAAUUUCAUCCGUUUAAUAUGUCCAAAGUAAAGAGUGCAAGACAAAUCAUUUCAGAUAAUUCUUGUUUCAAAACAAAUGUAUUAUCAUUCUCGCUGGGAAUGUCAAAUAUGUAUUACCCUCCAAAUUCCAAAGUUUAUAAAAGCUAUCUAAGUAAUCGUGUCAGUGAUGGGUCUCUUUCGAUGCAUUUCAUCAAUACUCUGUUUUGUCUUUCAUGAGUUUUACUAUACUUUCUCUUAAAAUUAUCAAGAUAUUAGGACUCAUUCAUGCUAUUUGUUAUUUAUAGUUUGGAAUAAGUCUUCCCAUUUAUUUUUUUCUGUACCUUUUAAUUCUUAAUACUUUUAGUUUCGUAUACGCCGCUUAGCUAUAAAGCUAUUUAUCAACAAAGUCAUCGCUGCUACAUCCAUGUACUCGUUUGUUCAAAGUGUGCUAAAGUUCACUAAAUAUUCAUUAAAAAACCGGCUUAUGUGCUUUAGUUCCAUCCAGCAUCUAUACAGCAAACAAUUUUAAAGGGUACACUUAUCAUCUUGUGUAAUGUACAACGAUUGAUACAUCUGACAACUACCACACACAUGAAAGGAUUCGAAAAUACUAUAAAACUUAGUUUGAUGAAUGGCUCCAAGUAGUCAUUCACUGUUUAAUAUGCUUCUUGUUUCUUGUGGGGGUUUUAUAUGUAGAAUUGUGUUAAAUUUGAAUUAAAAUGUACAUGCAACAGUAAUAUUUUCCGAAAUUUUAGUCUAUCUUAAGCAUUCCAUCAAUGAUUGGAUUUUGUACAAGUAUCGGGAAGAUUUCAACUGGAAUACGGACGUUUACAAAGGUAAUAGCUGCAUUUCUAGAUAAAUUUGCAACCAGGCAAGUUUUCUUUUUGCUCCGAUCCGUAACAAAAUCUAUAUUGAAGUUUAUGGGUGUCAAAUGAACCAUAGUGAUACCAAUAUUGCUCAGAGUUUAUUAACAAAAGCUGGGUAUAUUAUUGUCCCGUCGGAUGAACAGUGUGACACUGUCUUGCUCAUGACAUGUGCCAUUCGAGAUAGUGCUGAAGUAAAAAUUUGGCGACGUAUUCAACACCUGCGAUCUCUUCACCGUAAAUCAUAUAUAAAAAUAGGUGUUCUAGGAUGUAUGGCCAAAAGGUUAAAGGAUAAACUCCUUAUGGAUGACAGCUGUAAAACUUUAAAAGCGGGUGAUCUUCAGUCAUCUAAUUUUGAUCAUAAUAAUUACACUGUUGCGGCAGAUUUUGUUUGCGGCCCUGAUUCUUAUCGUGAUUUGCCGAAACUUAUUGAAGAUGCUCAUUCUGGACUAAAAGGUGCUAGCGUCGCAUUGUCUCUGGAAGAGACAUAUGCAGAUGUAACUCCUGUACGACGUCAUUUUACAACCGACGAAUCCUCAGAACCAAUCCCUGCUCCUACGGCUUUCCUAUCAGUUAUGCGUGGGUGUGAUAAUAUGUGCACCUAUUGUAUUGUACCUUUUGUCAGAGGACGUGAACGCAGUAGACCAUUGGAUUCAAUUCUUCACGAAGCACAAGGCUUAUUUAAUGAGGGAGUAAAAGAAAUUACUUUGCUUGGACAAAAUGUUAAUAGUUAUUGUGAUAAUUCGAAUACAGACUUAUCAAUCAACUCGUCUAAAACGAUUUCAACACUUGUCCCUGGAUUUAAAACUGUUUAUAAACCAAAAGUUGGUGGUUUAAGAUUUUUCGAUUUAUUAGACCAAGUAAGUCAGAUUAGUCCAGAACUUCGUAUUCGAUUCACAUCACCACAUCCAAAAGAUUUCCCAAAAGAGGUUCUUCAACUAAUUUCUGAACGUAAAAAUAUUUGUUCAAAUAUACAUUUACCAGCUCAAUCAGGCAGUAGUGUUGUUCUAGAAAACAUGAGAAGGGGUUAUACUAGACAAGCCUACAUAGAGUUAGUGAACACUAUUCACGAAAUAGUUCCAAAUGUUAGCCUUACGAGUGAUUUUAUCGCAGGAUUUUGUGGUGAAACUGAAGAAGAUCACUCUCAAUCUCUUGAGCUCAUUGAACGUGUUGGUUAUUCAUUUUGUUUCUGUUUUCCGUACAGUAUGCGUGAGAAAACUUUUGCAUAUCAUCAUUUAACUGAUAAUGUACCAAUUGAAGUGAAAAAACGACGACAUGAAGAGUUAUCAAUGAUAUCUCGAAAUAAAAGUUUAGAGUUUAAUCAAAAACAAAUUGGCUCUAUUCAAAUUGUUUUAGUUGAAGGACCUAGUCGUCGUUCACCAACGCAAGUGUUUGGACGUAAUGAUUAUAAUACGAAGGUAAUUUUCGACCAAGAUGUUACACAAAUACCAACUACUAAAAAUCAAGAUUCUUCGCGUAUAUCCUUCAAGCCUGGUGAUUAUGUGGUUGUUGAGAUUGUUGGUGCAACGUCUCAGACAUUACAAGGAAAGGCUCUUGGCUUGUCUACACUUGGAGAUUUUUGUGAAACAAAGUGGCAUAGUGUGAAUACAGCUAAAAUAAUAUAAAUCGUUCUUAUUGA